UGUUGGAGAGACAGCUGGUGCAGCGAGGGCAUUUUUCCUUUUCUUUCAUUGUGUGAUGGAGUCUGGUUUUCUCGCCGUUAUUCUUGUCUCUUCUUUCGCAGUAUAUUCCUCUCACCCUGGCAAUACAGAGUGGGAAGAUGUUGUGGUGGCGAGAGAAGGCAUGCUUACCACCUUGCCCUGCACUGAUACAGUCAGGGGUGCCGUGGCCAUUAACUGGAUGGUGAAGUCACUUGGUGCGGGUGAUUGGAAACUGGUUCUCUCAGCCAGUGAAAGUAGAGAGUUCUCCGGUGGUGCCUCGAAGUCAUCGAUGCAAUUGACUGACCCCAACUUUCAAGAGACGGGAGUUUUCUCUCUGUUCUUGAUUCCCAGAAUGGAGGACAGCGGGCUCUACUCGUGCUUGAUAAAGCAAAAAGAGAGGAAAAUUAAGGAGAAGAUUAUCCUCUUAGCCAUCCUUACAGUCACUGUUAUCCCCGCUUCGCCCGUUCCUCAGCAAAGCACCCUGCGACUGAUUGCCAAAGUUAAUCCUGACUUCGCCAUCACCAAGAUCACCUGGGCGGCACCCGGCAGCAUUUCCAUGAAGAGCGAGAAAAAGCCAAACACAGGCACAGUGACCAAACUGCCUGUGGUCCAGAACAGUGACAACGGGGCCUAUGUCUGUGUGGUUCACCCGUGGGGUAACAGCAGCACCGCUCUUUUCCCCUUCAAUGUGGAAGUGACUGUCGAUGCUGACAAUGUGGCCUCAUUCACCAGUAUAACACAUGAGAGAGAGGUUUCCACCGCUACUCAGGCUCAGAAACUCUUCGUUCUGACCUGUCCUGUUGUCAUGGGGGACUACGUCAAGAUGUACUGGCUACCUCCAGACAGCAAAAGGGGCACUGAGAUGAGGAUUGUGUACCAGUACGACCGCUGGAGGGAUUCCACUUUUUCUACUGAGCAAGGCAAGAGACUCAAAUUCGCCGGCCCACCCUACAAUGCAGAGGCCGGGAGUUUCUCUUUUCUGCUCACCCCUGGCUUAAAGGAUGGCGGCCUCUACGUUUGUGAAGUGUUCCAAAACGACAACGCCUUCAGCCACAGGACCACACUCAGCGUGCUGAAAGUCAAAACCAGAUAUUCCUCCUCAAUGCUGGAAUUGAAGUGCCUGUACUCAGAGCGGUCUCAGGUCCAAAGUGCGUCUUGGAAACACCAGAAUGAGAGUCGCCGGCUGCAGUUGUCAAGCAAUGGCCCUGGCAGCAUUAUCACCACUCUGGCCUUACCCAUCACCUCUGACACAGCCGGGAACUACACGUGCACCCUACGGCUGACAAACGGGCAGACCGUCUUUGAAACACAAACUGUCACACUGCCCUGUGAAGAUGGGAGAGAUGUCGAGAUCGACAGUGUGACCACCCCCUCCCUGCUCCCUUCUCUCUCUGCUUUAUUACUCCUGGUGCCCCUGGUUGCUGCGGCUGUCUGUGUGUUGCUAUGGAGACAGAAACACAUUUCUGAUCGCGGUAUUGAGCAGUCUCUGUCUGUCCACUCGGGUGAAGCGGAGAACAUCUACGAGAAUCCUGAGGAUAUCAGACAGGCACCCCCCCAGGGCUCAGUCUACAUGGAUUUGAAGCCAAGAGGAGAGGAUGAUGUCUAUAAGGAACUGGAGCGAUACUAACAGUGUCAGAGCUGAUCACCUACCCACAUCUCAUCCUCAUCCAGCUGUCACAUCUGCUCAGUUCCCAGCUGCAGCAGAGGGCCUUUAUAAACAAAAGUAACAACUGAAUGUCAGAGUUGGGAUUUGAAGAAAAACUUCAAUGCUUCAGGGAGAUGCAACUCAAUUGUUUGAAUGUUUUUUGUAUUGCAUGCUCUUGCUCUUUAUAGGUACUUUAUUACUGAUUUGCUUUGAUGUCUGCACAAAGAGGCGGAGAGGGAAUAUUUUUUUCAUAAGGUUUGAAAAUUUGUCUCAAAUGUGUGUAAAUAAAUAGGAAAUAUUUUCUUGCAUUUGCUACUGUGCUGUGCUAAGUUGUAUUUUACGUCUAUAGAUGUAUGUCUGUAGUUUAGAUGAUGUACACAAAAACCAUACUUGAUUUAAAGAACAGAUAUAUUACCAGGAAGUGACAUUUGUACAGUUUGAGGUCACUUAUUAGAAUAAUACUUAACCAAAAGUGUUGAAGUGUCUGAUAUUUACUGUACUUAACCAUGACAAAAUUACUUUUAUGAUAUUAAAUGAAGUAUUGAAAGUAAAAAAUACAAGUAAAUGCUGUUUUUAAAAAGCAAGUGCUGAGAAUUUGGGGAAUUGUGAAAUUCCUUUGUACCAUACACCACCUCAAAAAUGGAGCACACAUUACACUUAAAAAAACAAGGUCUUUUUUUUUUUACAACUCAAGGAUUUCUAGAACAUUUUUUUUUCUUUUCUCUCAUUCUUUCAUUUGUUUAUAUUCUCCGCAUCCUUUCCUCCCUUCUUUCCUUCCUUCCCUAUUGUAUUAAGUAACUACAAUGCUUUAGGGUAAAUGCAGUGGAGUUAAAGUACAAUUUUUUAUAAAAGAAAUAUAGUCGACAGAUAUAUAAAACCUCAAGUACAGAUAAUAUACAAAAUACUUUACUACUGCAACAAAGUAUUAUUGCUUCGUUACAUUACAGCACUGUUUGUGUGUAAAUGUAAUGUUUCUAAAUAAACAUAUUUGUAAUGUU